UUCGGUACUGAAAGGUGUUAUCCUGAAAUACGUGGACGGCAGGAAUUCACAUCUUGUGUUUAUGUAUUUUCUUGGGGAGAUUGAGGAAUCGAGGUUCCAUUUAGCCAUGACAAGGCCCAAUAGCAUGAUCUUGAGUUUUUCGUUCAUAGCUUCUGUAGCUCUUGUCCUCGGAGGUAGAACCUGCAGUUGCUUGCUGUUCAAUUACCCCAGCUUCGACAUGACCAACAAGGAUGAUUUCAGCUUUAGCCCAGGCUCAGCAAUUGCAAAUGGUUCCCUGCAAGUCGUCGUGCCAAACAUCGGAGACUUGAACCAGCGAUCGGGAAGGGUAGUAUACACAAAGGAAACACUCAAGCUAUGGAACAGGAAGCAGGGGGUGUCCACAUCUUUUAGGACACAGUUCACACUGAACAUCCUUCCACAGGAUGAGACUGGAGAAGGUAUGGCUUUCAUAUUGACAAAUAAUCCAUCGUUGCCCAGGAAUAGCAGCGGCCAGUGGCUCGGCAUUUGCAACAGCAAGACCGAUGGCGCCCCGAUGAAUCAAAUAGUUGCUUUGGAAUUCGACACAAGGAAGAGCUACGAGGACGACCUUGACGGCAACCAUGUCGGGCUCGACUUGAACAGUAUCAAAUCAGCUAAGCAGUACCCUCUCAGCAAUCUUUCCAUCAUCCUGUCAAGCGGUUUUGAUGUCUUGGUCAGUAUCACCUACAAUAGCACAACACCUGCUUUUAUAUUAUCUGUAAUCGGCCAUGGGGGACACAAUUUGCGAGAAAGCUGGCCAGUUAAUCUAUCCCAACACCUACUAGAUGAAAUACAUCUGGGAUUCGCAGGUUCCACUGGUGAUUACACCCAACUGAGCCAGAUAAAGUCGUGGAACUUUACCACAGUAGAGGAGGUCGUAGUUGAUACAAGACAUGAGACCAGGAGGGUGUUCCUAUGUCUGGUUACCUUGAUUUCGUUUGCUGCAUGUUCGACUCUGGUGUUGUUUGUGUGGAGAAGGGUGACGCGGCAGAGAAGGCUAGCCUACCAGGCCCUCGAGAAAAGGAUCGACGCACAUGGUCCGGUCAGAUUUAAGCUCAAGGAGCUGAAGCACGCAACGGCUAACUUCAGUCCUCGUCGUAAGCUUGGUAGAGGGGGCGGCGGCACCGUUUAUCAUGGUUAUCUGAAUAGGAUCAGCAGGGAGGUGGCCGUGAAGCGGGUCUCAGCCAAUGACAAGUCACGACGAGGAGAGAAAGAGUUUGUCGCGGAGGUGAACACAAUAAGCAAGCUCUCCCACCGCAACCUCGUCAAGCUGAUGGGCUGGUGUCACGAGGGGGGCGAGCUACUCCUAGUCUACGACUACUUUCCCCUGGGCAGCCUUGACAAGCUCUUGUUUGCCAAUUGCAGAGCGACCGCAUUGUCGCCGGGAACCCCUGAGCUCACAUGGGACCGCCGAUUCAGGAUAAUCUGCGGCGUGGCAUAUGCGCUCGACUACCUGCACCAUGGGAGUAGCAGGAGGAUCCUUCACAGGGACGUGAAGGCUGGGAACGUGAUGCUCGACGCGGAGUACAAUGCGCGGCUGGGCGACUUCGGCCUCGCCCGUGCCAUCCAGCUUGAAGGAGUGACACACCACUCCACCCAGGCAGUCGCCGGCACUCGUGGGUACAUGGCGCACGAGAGCUUCUUCACCGGCCGUGCCAGCCUCGACACCGACGUCUACGCCUUCGGUGUGUUUGUCAUGGAGGUUAUCAGCGGGAAGAGCCCAAGCAGGUCUAUGCUGUAUGACAGACAGGAAAUGUACAUCGUGGAUUGGUUCUGGAGGCAUUACAGCCUUGGGAAAGUCGUGGAGACGACUGAUGCAGAGCUUGGUGGAGUGUACGAUGAUGAACAGGUGGAUGCUGCGGUGAGGCUGGCCUUGGCUUGCUGCCAUCCAAACCCAAGGCAUAGACCAUCCAUGAAGAAGGCAGUGCAGGUGCUAAUCGGCGGAGCACCAGCCCCGAUUCCCCCACUUGAGAGGCCUGCGUUUGUUUGGCCUCUGUCCGGCACGCAGCAGGAGAUCGAGCUCGCGCAGGUUGGUCUGCUCUUCACGGGAGGACAGCCAAGUUUCUGCUCCAUCACAUCCACUUCCUUCACAGGAAGGUGAGUACUGAAGAGUUGUGCAUUUGUACUGCCAAAGUACUGAGUGUCUCGUUUUCAAUACUUGUGAGCAGGAAUAUUGAGUAAUUAAAAAGUACUGAGUGUCCCGUUACAAUACUCAUGAGCAGGAAUAGUGAGUAAUUAAAAAGCUAAUCACAUAGAUUCUGAGCUUGUAUUGUCUGCAACCAUGAAAAUAAAAUUAGCGCUUGAUUUGCCUUGUGUUCA